AUGGCUCCCUCGUCGAAAUCAAAACCGGAGGAUGAUUUCAUUCUCACCAUCUCCGACAAUGAGGAGGAUUUAACGGAAAAUAUCGAAGAAGAAGUCGCAGCCUCCCCACCACCGUCCAACAAGAAGCGGAAGCGCGCCGACGAAUCCUCCACUACCGCACCCAAGAAAGGCAAAAAAGCUAAGAAGGGAAAGGAUGAUGUGUCGGAGGACGCAAGCAAACCGAACGAGGGCAUAUGGGGCCAGGCAGAGGAAGAUGAUGGGGCUAUGGAUUCCGAUUUCGAAUUUGCUAUAGAGGAUGGGGAGGGAGCUUUGGAGGAGUUCGAAGGGUGGGGAUUUGAUAGUGCGAAGAAUGGGCUCAGUGCAGUCAAGGGGGACAGAAGAGGGGUGGAUAUCGAUGCGAUUAUUGCAAGAAGAAAAGCGAAGAAGGAUGGCACUGGGAAAGUGGAGGAUGCUGUUGUGGCCGGGGAGCCGAGUGAGGAUGCCGAUGAAAACCAAGAAGACAUAGAGGGGCUAGAUCUCGAUAAUCCGGACGACGAGUUCAUGGAUGAGGAUGGGUUCGGAAUGAAUGUGGGCUCCGAUGAGGAGGAGUCUGCUGAUGAGCAGGACCAUGAAGAUUCUGGCGAAGAACAGGAUGACCAACAUGACUCGGACGAUGAGUCUAUAGGAAGCCCAGCUCCACACCCAGAUGACGAUGCGUCAGAAGAAUCAUCUGAUGAAGAAGGGGAUGAGGACGAUCCGGAAGAGGCAGCCCGCCGGGAAGCAUUCUUCGCUCCUGAGGAGAAGAUUGACAAGAAGAAUAAGCAACCUCUGGCUUCAUUUCAAACCAUGUCAUUAUCCCGACCGAUCCUCCGUGGGCUUGCUGCCGUGGGCUUCACACAGCCAACGCCAAUUCAAGCCAAAACGAUACCAGUGGCCUUGUUGGGAAAGGAUGUGGUUGGUGGAGCCGUCACAGGUUCUGGGAAAACUGCAGCCUUCGUUGUUCCGAUUCUCGAACGUCUCCUAUAUCGACCCAAAAAGGUUCCAACUAGCAGAGUGGUAAUUCUCAUGCCGACCCGUGAGUUGGCGAUACAAUGCCACGCUGUUGCGACCAAACUUGCAAGCCAUACCGAUAUCAAAUUCUGUCUAGCCGUGGGUGGUCUCAGUCUCAAAGUGCAAGAAGCAGAACUGAGACUUCGUCCUGAUGUGGUCAUUGCCACGCCUGGUCGGUUCAUUGAUCAUAUGCGCAACUCACCGAGCUUCACUGUCGACACCUUAGAGAUUUUAGUCCUUGAUGAAGCUGAUCGAAUGCUUGAAGACGGAUUUGCAGAUGAGCUCAAUGAAAUCUUGACCACAAUCCCAAAGUCUCGUCAGACGAUGCUUUUCUCGGCAACGAUGACUUCCUCCGUGGACAAUCUUAUUCGUGUAGGCCUGAAUCGACCUGUCAGGUUACUAGUUGAUGCACAAAGGCAAACUGCGGGUACUUUGAUACAGGAAUUCGUCCGUCUUCGUCCGGGCAGAGAGACAAAACGGAUGGGUUAUCUACUCUAUCUAUGUUCAAACGCUUACACGGAUCGAGUCAUCGUAUUCUUCCGUCAAAAGAAGGAAGCUCACAGAGCACGAAUCAUUUUCGGUCUUUCUGGUCUCAAAGCUACGGAGUUGCAUGGUAACUUGAGCCAAGAACAGCGUAUCAGAAGUGUGGAAGACUUCAGAGAUGGAAAGGCAUCAUUUUUGCUUGCCACCGAUGUCGCGUCUCGGGGUCUCGAUAUUAAAGGAGUCGAUACGGUAAUCAAUUACGAAGCACCGCAAUCUCAUGAAAUCUAUCUCCACAGAGUCGGACGAACAGCACGUGCCGGUCGUUCAGGUCGUGCUUGCACAUUAGCAGCAGAGCCAGACCGCAAAGUCGUCAAGGCAGCCGUGAAGACCGGACGCUCCCAAGGCGCCAAAAUAGUCAGUCGGUUGAUCGAAGCUGCAGAAGCGGAUGUCUGGGCUGCUAAGGUGGAAGAGAUGCAGGACGAAAUUGAGGAGGUUUUGAAGGAGGAGAAGGAAGAUAAGGCGCUUGCAAUGGUGGAGAUUCAAGCGACCAAGGGAGAGAACAUGAUUGUACAUGAACAGGAGAUCAAUAGUCGACCAAGGAGGACUUGGUUUGAGAGUGAACAGGAUAAGAAAGCCGCCAAGAAAGCUGGUACGGCGGAACUCAAUAGGGUGGAGAGUGUAUUGAAGAAGAAAGUAGGCAAGUUGAGCAACAAGGAUAAGAAGAAAUUGGAUGAUAGGGGCGCGAGGACUGAGGGAAGGGUGUGGAAGAAGGGGCGGGCGGAGAGAGAUGGGAAGGGGGCUGUGGAGAACCUAAAGGGGGCGAAGAAAGUUAAGGGUGGGAAGCCUGCCUCGAAGGCAAAGGGGAAGUUUACAAAGAAGCGGUAG